CGUUCCUCCACAUAAAGAACACGGAAAGUUCAACUCCGUUCAGUGCAAUCCUUUGUCUGCUUACGGUCUUUGCGAAAGCUGACUUCGGAAACUACUUGGAGACUUCCAUUGUAUUUCGCAAAUUCUUCUGUUUUUGCCCAGUCAACCAUACAGUCUGCUAUUUACUUUCACGCGGCUUUUUAUUCGUUAAUAUCAUUUUGCUGUUAUGGUUGUGAUGAUUGAGUGGCCGGUUUUGCUCAAACAGAAAAUGUUGUUGCAAACGCAAAUGCAUUGCGGAGUUUUGGUUCGUUUUCUAAUUUGUGCCAGUUUGGUGGGCUUUGGUGCUGCCAAAUGUGUUCCUGAGAAGUGUGGAUCGAUGAAUGUCAGUUACCCUUUCUGGAUUUACAAUUCCCAUUGUGGACACCCUGGCUUUCAUAUCAAUUGCACCAAGAAUGGAGAUACUGGGAUGGCCUCUCCAUACUUUACUGCAUUUCUAAGUAAUUCUAAUGUUUCUUCAAGUUUUUAUUCAGUUUGGGGAAUUAUUGAUGCUUUGAAGAUUAUAGAGAUCGAUUAUAAGGGUCAUCUCAUCAUAAAUUCUUCUUCUAUCAUUGCCCAAUCGUGUAACGAUGAUCAAAACAAUGUUACAAGAAACUACUUUGAGCUAUCUUCAGGUGGACCUUUUACUCUUUCCAACUCUAAUAGGUUGGUAGUUAUCGGCAACCAAACGUACGGUAGCUACAGUUUUGGGAAAUUGGGAGAGGCGAGAUGUGUAACAAUCCCUCAAAGUGAUAAACCAUAUUGCCGCUAUGGCUGUUGCGAAAUCAACCUUCCAAAUAAUUUACCAUGGAUAAAUUUCACUGGCGGAGGUGUGUUCCGUUUGCUUAACAAUAAUAGUACUAUGUGUGGCUUCUCCACCAUAAUGGACCCCUCCACAAUAAUGGGCUCUUUCACCUUCACUAAAAUGAAUGCCUCCAGCAGAACGGACAUCUCCAGAAUAGUGGACCUAAUUUGGAGAGAAGGCGAGAACGGUUCUUAUGGUCUCCGCCUCAACUGGGGUAUCGGCCUUCAGAAGUGCUCCUCGGCUAAAUCAAUGGCCGAUUAUUCUUGUUCCAUCCAUGCAGAAUGCAACGACGCGCCUUCGGGAAAAGGGUACGUAUGCAAAUGUCUCCCUGGAUAUCGUGGAAAUGGUUAUUCCAAUGGCACUGAUUGCACAGAUAUAAACGAAUGUAGUCAAACAAACUCGAACGUCUGCGUUGGAGCAGAGCAAGGGGGAAUAUGCCAUAAUUUGGCAGGUUCCUACAACUGCUCAUGUAUAAAAGGAUAUGUGGGAGAUGGUUUUACAAAUGGGACAGGAUGCAAGUCCACAAGUUCAAAUCAACUUCUCUUUCCUACAAUCAUAGGAUCCGUCUCUUCGUUUGUGUUUUUCUGUUUAAUAGUGUCGCUUUCGGUUUGGUGGCUAAAGAAACGUCACUUGAAACUUGUGGAGGCCAAGUAUUAUCAGCUGUUGCAGCAACACAUAGCUUCUACGGUGGGGAGAGAAAGCCUGAGAAUUUUUUCUGCCAAAGAAAUGUCAAGAGCUUCUAAUAAUUAUUCAAGUGAAAUGGUAUUGGGGAGUGGUGGCUUUGGAACUGUGUUCAAAGGAAUUCUGUUAGAAGGUACUCUUGUGGCCAUUAAAAAGUCCAAGCAAGCUUUAAAUCUAGAGGAUAACCACGAGUUUCUUAAUGAAGUUACAAUUCUCUCCCAAAUAAAUCACAGAAAUAUAGUGAAAUUGUUAGGCUGCUGCAUCCAAACUAAAUUCCCUUUGUUGGUGUCUGAAUUCGUUUCGAAUGGAACACUCUAUGAACAUUUACAUUCCAAAGAUGGGUUCUUGUCUUGGGCGUCACGUCUGCAGAUUGCAAUCGAGACGGGGGAGGCUUUGGCAUAUCUACACUCUGGAGCAUCUCAACCCAUUUUCCACCGAGAUGUAAAAUCGUCUAAUAUUCUUUUGAAUGAGAGAUUCUCUCCUAAAGUUGCAGAUUUUGGAAUUUCUCGUCUCAUCUCCACUUCCAAUAACACACAUGUCACCACUAAUAUAAUAGGCACAACGGGUUACUUAGAUCCCGAGUACUUCCAAACGUACCAACUCACCGACAAAAGUGAUGUAUACAGUUUCGGUGUAGUGCUGGUUGAGCUUUUAACAUCUUUGAAGCCCAUCUCUGUAGAAAGGGGCAGCGAGGAGAUGAGUUUGUCCAGUCUUUUUCUAUCCAGACUCAACCAUAAUCGCCUCACAGAAAUCUUAGAUAGAAAAUUUUUAGAGGAGGAAAACGUGCAACAGAUGGAAGAUAUGGAAAGGAUAGCGAGAGAAUGCCUUCAUCUUAAAAGAAGGAAGAGACCGUCGAUGAAAGAGGUGGUGGAGGAACUUGUUUGGAUAAGAGGUGGCGCAAGAAAGAAGAUAUUCCAUGACAGGGUGAAGUGUGACAAUGCAAUAUUUGAGGAGAGAAGCAUUUCCAGAGAAGCACCACAAAGGUCAUAUGAAUUCAGGAGUUACACCUUUCCAUCUACAACUGGGAGUACGUUGGAGGAACCAUUCGCUGAACAAGUUCAAAUGCCGAUCCUGACUAAAUAGGAAUAGGAGAUGAUAAGGCUUCAUAUCUAGAUUAGAAAUAAUAUUUGAUUAGUUAGUAUAAAAGAACUUUCUGUUUAUUUGUUUUGUAAUAUGGUUUAUGGUGUUUUAUGAAGCUGUCUUUUUAGAUAUUUCU